AUGGACAAGAUUAAAUGUUUAUUGUGCAAGAAAGUAAUGUCUGGUGGAGUUUAUCGGAUCAAAGAGCAUAUUGCUGGUAUUUCAGGGAAUGUUAGCAAAUGCCCCAUAACUUCAAAAGAAGAUCAAAUAAAAUGUAGAGAUGCUCUCAUUAUGGCGAAGAACAAAAAGAAGAACAAGAGAGCUGAAGAACUUAAUAUAAGAGCGGAGGUAAACAUCGAUUCGCAUGAGAGUUUGAGUAAUACACCUACAAAUAGUAUUGAUGUUGAUGAGUUGCAACAGUCUGAACAUAUGAGGCCACCUCCUCCAAUUGGCCCUAUGGAUAAGUUUGCAAACCAAAUCAAUCCUGAAAUUUCUUUGAGUUCAAGAAGGGGCACGGCGCAACAACGAAUAAUUGAGGCAUUUGACAAGGAGAGGGUUAACCGAGUGAAAGAGUACAUAUGUAGAUGGGCUUAUGAAGCAGCUGUUCCAUUUCAUGUUAUUGAAAAAGAUAGUUUCAAGUUGAUGAUUGAAGCUGCUGGUCAAUUCGGUCCGGGAGCGCAGACACCAAAUAGAUAUGAAUUGAGUGAAACAUAUUUGAAAAAAGAGGUUGAUCGAGUCCGAGACAGUUUGAAGGAACAUGAGGCGUUGUGGAAAGAAAAUGAAUGUUCAAGUGAGGCACACACAUGUCAGUUUAUAUUCGAAUAUGUGGAGCUUGGGAUUGAACAAGUUGGAGAGGAGAAUGUUGUUCAAAUUGUCACAGAUAAUGCCGCGAACAACAUGGGAGCUGCUAAAUUGUUGAAGGAGAAGAGGCCACGGCUAUUUUGGACAUGUUGUGCAACUCAUUCCGUUAAUUUAAUGCUUGAAAGCAUUGCAGGUUUACCCCGGUUUAAAAAAGUUCUUGAUCAAGCAAAGAGCUUAACUAUCUUUAUCUAUGCACACUAUAAAACAUUGGCAAUGAUGAGAACCUAUACAAAGAAACGUGACAUAGUUAGGCCAGGUGUGACUAGGUUUGCUUCUGCAUUUCUUACUUUGCAGAGUUUACUUGCUAAGAAAACUGAAUUAAGGGCUAUGUUUACAAGCAAUGAAUGGGAAGAAUGUAGGUUUGCCAAAACAGUUAAAGAGAAAGCUUCCUAUUCUACUGUCUUGAAUACUUCAUUUUGGCAAGGGGUUACAUUAUGCUUGAAUGUUUUUGAACCGUUGGUGAAGGUGCUUCGUAUUGUUGAUCAAGAUAAGAAAUCUUCAAUGGGAUUUCUUUAUGGUGAGCUUUUGCAAGCCAAAGAUGACAUUAAGAAGGCAUUCAAUGAAGUGGUAAGAAACUAUGAGCCUAUUAUUAAGAUAGUCGAAGAAAAGAUGAGCAAUAGGCUAGAUUCUCCUCUUCAUUUGAUGGCUUUCAUGUUGAAUCCUUAUUAUCAUUUUAAGGAUCCUCGACUUCAUUUGGAUGUUAAUGUUUCUCUUGGAUGCAUUGAGUUUCUUGAAACAUAUUAUCAUGGCGAUAUAGAAAUGCAAAACAAGGUAUUGAAUGAUGAAUUUCCCAAUUAUAAGAGGAAAGAUGGUGUAUUUGGGAAGACACUUGCGGUCAAAGGAUGUGAGACAAAUAAUGAGCGAUAUGAUCCGGCAAUGCGGUGGUCAACUUGUGGUGGGACAACUCCAAACUUGCAAACAAUUGCGAUAAAGAUUCUAUCUCUUACUUCAAGUUCAUCGGGUUGUGAAAGGAAUUGGUUGGAAUCUAAUCGCCUAAACAAUCUAGUCUUUGUGCAAUUCAAUGCAAACUUGAUGAACAAAAGGAAAAAAGCGCAAAAUGUUGAAAUAUUACUUGGUAGUGAUGCAACCUUCGCACAAGAUUGGAUUGUUGAGGAUGAAGUUGAGGUUGUUGUUGAAGAUGAAGUGGCUACUAAUGAGGAGGGUGAUGACGCAUUAAGACCAAGACGGAGUUCUAGAUUGAGGGACCUUGAAGAAGAUAACUUUGAAUCCGAAAAUGAAGAAGAAGAAGAAGAAGAAGAAGAAGUGGUUGUUGAGUUUGAAGAUGAUGAAAAUCAAGUGAUAGAUGGACAAGUGGAAGAACAAAACCUUGAAAGUUGA